ACAACAUGUCGAAAUCUUCCAACUUGGAUCGCCAGAUCGAGCAGCUAAAGCGCUGCGAACACCUCAAUGAGAUCGAGGUGCGUGACUUGUGCCGCAAGGCCCGAGAGAUUUUCAUUGAGGAGUCGAACGUGCAGCGUGUGGACACGCCCGUGACUGUGGUGGGCGAUGUGCACGGGCAGUUCUACGAUGUGAUGGAGCUGUUUCGCAUUAGCGGCGGUGUGCCAGCGAAUAACUAUCUCUUCCUGGGCGACUAUGUGGAUCGUGGGUACUACAGCGUGGAGACAAUCCAGCUGCUGCUGGCCCUGAAGGUGCGCUAUCCGGAUCGCAUUACUUUGAUACGCGGCAAUCACGAGUGUCGCCAGAUCACCCAGGUCUACGGAUUCUAUAGCGAGUGCAUGCAGAAGUACGGCUCCGCAGCCGUGUGGAGCUACUGCACGGAUGUCUUUGACUACAUGAGCCUUUCGGCCGUCAUCGAUGGCACAGUAUUCUGUGUGCACGGUGGCCUAUCGCCGUCGAUUACGCGCCUGGACGAGAUCCGCCUUAUCGAUCGCAAGCAGGAGAUACCCCAUGAUGGCAGCAUGUGCGACCUAAUGUGGAGCGAUCCAGAGGAACAAGUCGGUUGGAGUGUCUCUCCCCGUGGGGCCGGCUACCUCUUCGGCGGCGACGUUGUUGCCGAAUUUAACCAUGAGAACGGUCUUGCCGUAAUCUGUCGUGCCCACCAGCUGGUCAUGGAGGGUUACAAAUAUCAUUUUAAUGAGACCGUUCUGACCGUCUGGUCGGCACCCAACUAUUGCUAUCGUUGCGGCAAUGUGGCUUCCUACCUGAACUUGGAUGACAAUCUCCAGCUUCACCUUGAAGUCUUCAAUGCAGCUCCCCUGGAGUCUCGCGGAGGCCCACAAAAGUUGAAUCUUCAAGCGGAAUACUUUCUCUGAGAGCUGUUGUUGUGG